CGUCCCGAGUAGCCCCGGUUGAUGGAUCUCUCAUCACUCUCAUGGAGAAACCAACUCCAAGAAAUUCUUCUCAAAGAGUCCGAAGUAUUUUUGAUGAUGACUCUGAUUGUGAGAGUGAUGCUGGUCAAAAUGCUGUCUCUGAUCAAAGUAUGAAAAAAGCAUCAGCCAUGGAGAUGCCAGUUACUCAGGAUAAUUCCAUGAGGUCUGGAAGAACAGCUUAUUCAAAACCUGAAAGUUUGAGCAAACAAGCUUCUGAAAAUGAAACUGUUUUUAGAACAAAGGAAAAUGUGCCUCACAAAAGUGAUUGGCUGCCUUCCAAAAAUGUUCCUCAAGAAUUGGAGAGCCAGUCAUCAGAUGAAUCAGACAAUGACUUUGCUGGAUUUGAUGGCACUAUGAAUGUCUCCAAUAAUUCAACAGGAGACUUUGAUGGUUUUGAAGCCUCUUCUCCUCCAGCACGGGAGCUGGCCAUGAGCCCCAUCACUGAAAUAUCCAGUUCUCUUCCAACUCCUGCCAUUAAUGAAGAUAAUACUGAAAAUGAUGCUAAAUUUGAAGAGCCUGUACAACAAACUUCUGUAUUACUGGAAGCUAAUGCCACAAUAAAUGCUAAAGUUAAUGAGCCAUCUAGCUCUGCUUCAGUCAGCAAUGAAACAGCACCCAAUUCCACCCUAGACUCAGAUGCUGUCAAUAUCCCAUCAGUGAAGAUUGAGGAGCCUGAAGUGGAGAUUCUAGAAGAGGAUUCCUGCAGUGCUGAGCAAGAUGGAUUUUUUGAAAUGCCUUCUCCUAAUGCAGCCAGUUUUGCUGUUGAAGUUGCCAACCAAGUUAGAGUUGGAGAUGUGUUCACUGACUCUGAAGAUGAAGCUGCUGGAAGAUCCAUGAUCCAAACAGCUAGAAAAAAUGUCAUGGCUGGAAAUAAACAUCUAUUGGCUAGCUUAAGGCCCAAACAUUCCCUUGAUUUGGAGGCCAUGGCUGCUCCAUUUGCUCAAGGUUGGAAACGUGAGGUUGUCUUCCGUUCUGCCAAGAGCGAGACAGAAAGACGCACUGCUGCAGAUGUCUACUACUUCACUCCAUCCAACAAGAAGCUACGAUCUAUUGUCCAGGUUGAAAAGUAUUUGAGUGAGAAUGAGAACACAUCUCUAUCUGGCAACAACUUCUCAUUUGGACGUCACCCUCUAGGCAUGGAUCCUUCUGUGGAGAGAGUGAGACUCUCAAAGCCUGCUAUCAAACGCAAGUUUGACCAAGUGUCAGAGGACAGCUUGCAGGGAGAGAAGCCGGCUGUCUCAUCUGUGCCCCUGAAGAAAAGAAAGGUUGAUUUUCAUCCUAAUGCUUCCUACCCUACAGAAGAGACAUGCAGUCCUCGCCAUUUCCUAGACAUUGCUGGUGCACCUUCAGCUGCGGUCUCAGAACCCUCCCAGUCUGUGCCUGCUGAUCCCACACACCACAAGACCAAGGCCCCCAGCGCUGCUCCUGCUGCUCCAGCUGCUCUUGCUGCUCCUGCUGCUCCUGGGAGUGAUGGCACUUUGAUCUCCAGGGACUGCGAGGUGAUCAUGCAGCGGAUGAACCCAGGCGUUACACGGGCGCAGUAUCCGCUCUAUGAUGCUGGCUCAGAGGCAGCGAGCUCGUGGAACCAGUCACUGUGUCGCAUUGGGCGCCCUCUGCGUCUGGGCAACACCCCCGCGUCCCACGUGGUGGAGCCGCCACGUGAACCUUGGGGCCCUAAUCCCCCACGACUCAUGGCAGGACCUAGGAUCAUCACGCCCCUAGUGAAGGGCAGCGAGGCAGAAAAGACAUACCAUUGCACUGCGCACUGCCCCGGUGUUCACGGCGCCCUGCCAUCACUGCCUUGUGUGAAGUGUCGCUGCCUCUUCCACCCACAGUGCAUCCACCUGCCGUACUCCCUCACCCAGCUCAUCACCAGCCUCACCUACAAGCUCAUGUGUCCUAACUGCUACUUGGAAACAAAACGUAGCUCAGUCAACGUGAAGGUCCCACCCAAUCCAGUGACGCCCUAUGAACCUUUGAGCUACGAAGACGACCCGACCACCUCCUCAUACAGUGACUACUCUGAUCCAGACGAAGGUGUGGGUUCUGAUUUGGAGAACCUGGACCCUACGAAUUCUUCCCUAUUGGGUGUAGACUUACGUCCUCCCACCCCCACCACACCUGACUACUCCCUUGAGUCGUACUUCCCUCCUGCCGGUACAACCAUCCAGCAGCAGAGGAACAUGGCGCUAGAGGCAUUGCAGAAUCUUGGCUCUGCUGACAGCUCUCGCCGCGCUCCCGCUCCUGCAAGGCCUGCUGCGCCGUCCAGACAACCGCAACAACAAACCAAUGCUGCUGGAAAUUUGGGUACGCCAUCGUACACUCUGCUCCCCAAAAGCUCGACUUCUUUGCAUCAGCCUAAGACGUUUCAAAGAAACUCUCAACCACAGCAUCUUCUCUUGUCUGCUAUGCAGCAGUCAUCAAUGCAGCAGUCCUCUUUGGUUCCUCUUCAUGAUCAGUACAUGCAGAGCCAGGAGCACAUGCUAGCUCAGGCCGAAUAUCAGCAGCAGCAAAAUAUUCCGGGCUUCCUGCAAAAUGUUAUGACUUCUUACCAAAUGCUUGAGAAAAUGAAAGUGCCAGAACCUCCAGUGACGAUUCCUACAGAGCCAGUUCCAAGCUUCAAGAACUAUGCACGGGACGUAAGCCUGGGCUACGGCGUGAUGAAGCUUGUACUCGCUCGACUGCCUCCGCUCGACCUUCUCCGCGCUGCCCAAACCUGUGUCAUGUGGAGAGACCUUGCACUGGGUCCUGACAUGUGGGCUGGCGUGCGACUUACUCAUCUGACGUGCCGCGUGAAGAGCUGGCGCUCGCUGGCCGUGUUCCUGGACGCCCGGCGCUGCCGGUCCCUUGCCGUCACGGGGCCUCUCAUGAGCGUCUCCCAAACGCAGGUCGUGGAAAAGAAUUCCAAGAAGAUAACCCAGGCCCCUGGACUUGAGGCCCACCCGCCAGUGAUGAAUAUGGUGGCUCAUGAAGGUGAUCCAGCGGGGAGAACUCCAUCAAAUGCUGAUGUUGGGAGCACCUCUCCUGCAUCUUUGCGAGACUCGGGAGCUUCUCCUACUGUUGUAAGUGACCAAGAUGAUGAUGAUGAUGAGCCCAUGGAGAUUGACCAGGAUUCGGUCACUCCUGGUGCAGCGACUGAGGCCUACGACAGGGAUGGCCAAGACGAGGCCGAGCGGGAUAGACGACGCUUGGAUACUGUGCUGCAGGAUUUGGAAUCUCCCUCUAAAGAUGAUUCUACUUCUGAGUCAGAAGAACUUGACGUUACGGCCGAUUUUCCGACGUCUUCAGAUGGACUGUCAGCUUCUGUUCUCCUUGCUCGAUCUGAGAAUGAGGUAACUGACAUCUCCAGCACAAAUAUACAGAAAGUCAUGGGCGAUAAGUCUGAUGAUGUGUCGUCCAAAGACACACAGGAAGCCAUUGUAAAGGAGACACCUGCCAAAUCUCUCGAAGAGAUACAGGAAACCAUUGACAAGGAGACACCUGCCAAAUUGCUCGAAGAUGCACAGGAAAUCAUUGACAAGGAGACACCUGCCAAGUCCCUCGAAGAGAUGCAGGAAACAAUUGACAAGGAGACACCUGCCAAGUCCCUCGAAGAGAUGCAGGAAACCAUUGACAAGGAGACACCUGCCAAAUUGCUCGAAGAUGCACAGGAAAUCAUUGACAAGGAGACACCUGCCAAGUCCCUCGAAGAGAUGCAGGAAACAAUUGACAAGGAGACACCUGCCAAGUCCCUCGAAGAGAUGCAGGAAACAAUUGACAAGGAGACACCUGCCAAGUCCCUCGAAGAGAUACAGGAAACCAUUGAUAACGAGACACAUGCCAAGUUUCUCGAAAGGAUACAGGAAACUGUUGACAAAAAGACAUCUGCCAAGUCCCUCGAAGAGAUACAGGAAACCAUUGACAAGGAGACACCUGCCAAGUCCCUCGAAGAGAUACAGGAAACCAUUGACAAGGAAACACAUGCCAAGUUUCUCGAAGAGAUACAGGAAACUGUUGGCAAAAAGACAUCUGCCAAGUCCCUCGAAGAGACACAGGAAGACAUUGACCAAGAGACACCUGCCAAGUCCCUCGAAGAUGCACAGGAAACCGUUGACAAGGAAACAACUGCCAAGGCCUCCAAAGAUACUCUUGAAACCAAUGACGAAGUGAUACCUGCAAAAUCUCUCGAAAGUACUCAGAGAACCUUUGAGGAAGAGAUGCCUGCGGAUUCACGCUCAAAUAAAGACAUUGAUGAAGAAACACCUGUUGAGUCUCCUGAAGAUAAACAAGGUACCCUUGCUGCGGACACAACAGAAAAAGUAAGCGAGACUGAGGAUUCUGUAAAAAUUAGCCCAUUAAGUGAUUUGGCUGAGGAAAAAAUUGAAGAAGAGGUAAAGACAGUGGCAUCAACCAUGUGCGAGAUUUCAAAUGGAGCAACAGGCAAUGCUGAAGCUCCAGAAAGUAGAACUAUCGACAAUGAGAUGACGAAUAUCAAAGGGUUUCCUCUCGUCUCUGUCAUACCAAUCAAUCCUUCUGCUCUUGUUGAUCUCGAAUUCCUUGAAAAAUCUCCAGAAGGAAAACGGAGUAUCGCGGCAAAAGAAAGAAUGGCAGAGUUAGUUUCCCAAGACUUGAGCGGCAAUGAAAGCGGAGACGCCUUGCAAGGACCGCUUGUUUCAUCGCAGGAGGACGAGGCUAUGGAUGUCGAGGAAUCAUUUCCAAUUGACAAAUAUAUUGGUGCGGUAUUUCCAAACAAGGAGCCAAUUGAAAUGCCUGAGUCAUCUUCUGAAGUUGAUGUCCAAGCAGCGAAUAUUGAUUAUGUUAUGAUGGACCUCGAUUCGUCAGUUGAGGACUUUAAAGAGGUUCUAAACCCCAGCUCCAUUGGUGAUGUUUCGGAUGGAUGUAGGACCAAGGAAAAGGAUGGGGAAAAUAUUACUCGUGGUGCCUACCCUGACGUAUUUGAAGUAACUAAUGAAGAAGAACAUCAUUCUACGGAAGUAUUUGCGCCCGACCCAACUUUAUUAAGCUCAAAUGGCGGCAGUCCCAAAGACUUUAAAAAGGAAGAUAAAUCAUUAACUACUAAUGAAGAAGUCGAAGUGUCGGAUAAAAAAUCGUUGACAUUUGCAGAAAAUUCAGCUACCAGCAUUUCAGCACGUCACGGAGAAAAUGAAGUCUCUGCAUCUUGUGCUUUGUCUCAGGCAGAAGCCAAGGCGGUCGAAAUGCUGGUUUCGUGUGCUGUGAUAUCAAGCGAAAUUGGUUGUCACAAAGAGUCUUCUGGAAGUAAUGCGAUGGGUCCAAGUAUUGUUAAAGGUGAAGCAUAUUCUUCCGAGUCCAGUGCUGACGCUCUUCUUGAUGAGAAAGCUAAGCCUGAUAUAAGCAUUCUUCAUGACAGCACCACAAAAUUGGCCACCUCAGAUGACCCCACAAUGCCGCCCAAGGAAGAAUCACGUGAUGUACAGCUCGGCUCCAUGGAUAUUGACGAACUACAUCCUCCUUGUGAAUCCUCCGAGAUGGAAAGGUUGUCUCAAGUUCAUCAGAAGACCACAGCACUUUUAAAAGUUGAGCGCCAAUCGCAGUCCCCCGAAUUGGAAGUAUUAUCAACUUUCUCGAGUUUGCAUGCAGCUCAAGAAAUAACUUCAUCUGUCAAGAUUGAUGUUGUCGAAGAGCCAGCCGUUAAUGCCAUCACUGAUAGAACAGAAGAAGUUAAGGGGGAAUUGGCUGAAUUGCCAUCCAGCAAUGAUGACGUAAGUGAGGAACAAAGUAAUGUGGACAUGAAGCAACUGUCGUCAACAAUGGGUUCUCAAAAUCCCAUUUUAGUUCCAGAUUCUCCUGUUGCUGUUGACAUCGGGACGUAUCAUGCAGAAGUUUCUCACGUCAACAACAAAGCUGAUGUGUUUGCUGCUGGUACAAAGGUUGAAACAUCAGCCGAGUCAGCUCCCUCUGAUACCUCGCCACGUAACACUUUUAAAAGCCCCAAGAUGUCAGGAGGUCAUUUGGCUGGUGAUGUCACCAUCGAGUUGACAGAUCAAUCUGAAGAUGAAUCGUCAAGCUCCCAAGAUGACUUAACGAUAUUGCCCGAUAAAACCUCUGCAGUUGAUCAGGUCAACUCUUCUGGCCAAAGAAAUGAAGAUGAAGUCAGUUCGGAAUCUGAAAUCGAGAUUGAGCCUGAACGCCAUAUGAAAGUUGAACAACAUGGCAACAUUAGGAGUGAAUCCCAAAUGGAUGUUGACGAUUUAGAAGAUGUGGGCACUCGCAGUGGAAAAUUCAAUGAAAUUCCUGUGGAAGAAAUUGAAUCAGAGACUGAGCUAGGGAUGUCCAAUGAGUUAAGAGAAGAAGAAGAAGAUGUAGAAGGAGAAGAUGCUGCUGAUGAAGAAAGACCAUUAACGUCGGUGUGGGAAGAAGCUUGUAGAAGUGUAGGGCUCAUGCAGCACCUGAGGAAGCUGCAAUUGACAGAGUGUGGUGAAGACCUGCUGGAACACCUACUCCCCCAUUGCUCCAGACUCACCGCUCUCCACAUCUCCAAACUCGGCGACAAACACUCUAAUUUACUUCUCAGACUUGACCCGAACUUGCUGCUCAACGCCGUUGCUCUGGAAGACCUGCACCUCUCUGGACACUUUACCUUCACCUCGAAUUUCAACUUCAUUAAGCUCCGCAAACUCAAGAAGCUCGGCCUCGUUGGUGCCCAGUUGCCUCUUUGGCCUCACCUCGGCACCAGCCUCACUCACCUCUAUUUAAGUCCCGUGAGCCGCUUCACUUCUGACACCUGGAAUAACAUUGCCGCCAUGAAUAGUCUGGUGGAGCUGAGCCUAGGGGAGUUCAGCGAGGGCGUGUCUGACAGCAGCUGGCAUGUUUCCCUGUCGCGGUUAACCCAACUACGGAAACUGGCGCUUACAGACUGUGCCCUGGGGCCACGGCUCCUGGUGCUGCUUAAGAAGUUCUCUGCUCUACAGAAAGUGGUUCUCAAGCCGCUGUCGCAGCACCCAACUCUGAGUUUGCCUGAUCAGCUGUGGCGCGUGAAGCACGUAUGGACGCUGCUGCCGACAUCGCUACGUCUCUUGUGCGACGUUCACGACCUCACUGUCGCUCCCGCACCCAAUGACCCUACCCCUCGACAAGGACUUGUUUUUGCUAUCAGCGGCAGUAAAUCAACAGACCAGGAUGGACGGCAGUCGUCCUCCCUCCAGCACGUGGCUCUUGACAAGCUGCCUCGGUUCUUCUCACGACGCUCUAGUGCGCGCUCUGCUGUCUUCACCUUCAGGGUCCUGGCUGAGGGAGAGACUCCGGUCUUCCCCGAGUACUUCUGUGGAUAGAAGAUCAAACUUUCCAUCGCUGGGAAUCAUAAAGUUUUGACACCUUUGUGCUCGUUUACUAUUCAAGAAUUUAAAUUUACCUUAGAUGUUUUGGUUAAAAAAAUGAAAUUU